AUGCGUAGCUAUGAACAAGUGAAAAUAGACGAGGCUUCUUUUCAAGAAAAGAAGAAUUUAUCCAAGGCGAAACAGAGUGCCCUCAAUCUCAAUGUAGUUAUUCCAGUCCAUUGGCAUGCCAUCCAAUCUGGUGAUUCCUUAGCAGAGGGUCACAUACCUGAAUCACAGGUCAUCGACUCAAUCAAAGUUCUCAACGAGGAUUACGCGACCACGGGCUUCUCUUUCAAGCUGGAGAGUGCUAACUAUGUUACAAAUGCAACAUGGUUUGAAGCAGCUGGCCCCGACACGGACUACCCAGAACGAGUUUAUCAAACCGAAAUGAAGGGGAAAUUACAUCAAGGCAAUGCAACGACACUAAAUAUAUACUGCCACUGGAUGAAUCUCUAUCAUACCUUCUCGGAGAGCUGUGACGAUGAUGGUGACUUCGUCGAUGAUACCCCUGCUCAGCUUAACUCAACCAAAGGCUGUCCAACCGUCGCACCAGAUAGUUGCCCAGGUCGACCGGGUCGCGAUCCGAUUCACAACUAUAUGGACUACAGUUCUGAUAUUUGCUUAACCGAGUUCACACGAGGGCAAAUCCGACGUAUGCAGGAGUCUUUCAUUUCGUUUCGUAUCGAUAGCGCUUAG